AUGGCCACAAACUUUCUCGCAGUGCCGGGCAAGCAGGCCAGCUCAAUUCCCGAUCUCAGCUCCCACUUGCUCGCCUACAUCUCGAGCCAUUUCCGCGAUGCGCACCCAGACGCAUUCAGGCGCGAUGUCGACACGCUAGUCGGCAUGCGUCGCGAGUGGGUCAACCCCAAGGCUGAAGCCCAUCCUGAAAUUGCAAAGGGCCUCAUCAAGUACCAUGCUCAGCUGGCGUUUGUGGCGACCAAGUUUCCUUCAGACAUUGGUGUAUCGUUCUCGUACAGCCUCCCCUUCCCUCCGCCGUACUCAAUCUCUCCGGAUGCCCCCAUCGCGCUGCCGUCAUUCACCUACGAGCGCGCAGCAGUGCUGUACAACAUCUCGUCCAUCUAUGCCACUCUGGCCGCCAUGGAGCGCCGUGCAGAGGCAGAGGGAAUUAAGCGUGCUUUAGGAUUCCUCACUCAAGCCGCCGGUAUCCUGAAUUACCUGAUCACCGCCGUCCUGCCGACUUUGAAGAGCGAGGUGUCAUCGCCCCAGGCUGCAGGGUACGACAUGAGCGAGAGCUUUCUCACCACUAUGCGCGAAUUUGUUCUCGCAGAGGCACAGGAGUGUUACUGGCAGCAAGCUGUCCUUCAGGGGUCAUACAAGAACGCUCUCAUUGCCAAGCUGUCCAUGAAGGUCUCCGAGUACUACAAGUCUGCGCUCAAGGCGGCGAACAGCAUGGACAUGCCUUCGGCCUCGUACUUUCCUCAGGCGUGGACAAACCACAUGACUGUCAAGAGCAUGCACUUUGAGGCGGCGGCCCAGUUCCGUCUCUCUCAAGAGGAUCUCGAGAAGAACCGUUACGGUGACGAGAUUGCCCGUUUGCGUGUUGCCGAGGGCCUCGCCAAGAAGGGUCUCGACAUCGGUAAGAAGGGUGUGAGCGACUCGGUUAUCCAGGACCUCAAGAACCUGUCUGCCGCAGUCAAGACCUCGCUUGACCGCGCUGUCCGUGAUAACGACCUUGUCUACGUUUGCCCCAUCCCCACCGCCUCCCAGCUUGCCCCUGUCGUCGGCGUUGGCAUGGUCAAGCUUACCACUCCUACCGAAGUGUCUGACCCUGUCGCCUGGCUUCUGAGCGGCGGCGCUGGAACUCCCCCACUCUUCAGCGGUCUCGUCCCUUAUGGUGUUCAUCUUGCUCUCAGCAUUUACGACGACCGCAAGGACACUCUGAUUCGCGAGAUGGACGUCAAACGCGAGGAGCUGGAUGGUGUGGCCGCAAGCACUUUGCAAUCUCUCAACCUCCCUGGCUCAUUGCAAGCCCUUGAGCGACCUGUUGGCCUGCCACCCUCAUUGCUGAAGAAGGCCGAAGAGGUGGACGCGGCUGGUGGCGUUGACAAGAUCCGCAGCUUGCUCAUGGAUGCCAACAGGCUAGCCAAGUCCAAUGCCAAGAUUCUGUCAGAGGCCAUGGACAUUCUCGACCAAGAAGCUCAUGAAACUGAGCAGCUCAUUGAGAGGCAGCCCCACCUUGCCGAGUCUCGUCCUCCCUCACAUGUUGCCAACCAGUCACUCAUUGCCAAUGCUGGACAGUAUGAUGCCACCCUCAAGCAGGCAGCUGGCAGCGACGCGAUGGUCCGCACCAAGUGGGAGGAGUGGCGCAACAUGAUUGAGAUUCUUUCUGGCGGCGAGGAUAUCAUCUCCGACCACGUCCCGUCCACCACGUCGAGCGGUAGCGGUUUUGCCCCCCUGCCUUCUUCUGUCCGCCCUCUGCGUGCGUCCCUCGAGGACCUCGAUGACCGUAUUGCGCACCGUGCUGCCCUCGUUGCCGAGGCGCGCCAGGUCUCGGAGCAAGACGAUGUGCGUCCCGCAGUGCUGCAGGAGGCAACUCGCUUGGCCCAUGGCGGAUCAGGUGAUGUCAAGCCCGAGUGGUUUGAGAGCAUCUUUGAAAAGGCCCUGUCCAAGUAUGACCGUCUCCGCGAUGGCAUGACCGCCGAGGCAGACUCGCAGGACCAACUCCUUGAACAGAUCAGGAACGAAACCUUUAUUGCAGAGCGCAAGGAGGACCCUCGUGUCAAGGAACGUGAGCGCCGACUCCAGGACAUGGACAUGGCAUACUGGAAGUGGCGCGAGAUUGUAGACAAUGCCGAGGAGGGCAUCAAGUUCUACAACUCGCUCGCCGACAUGCUGCACCAGUUCCAGGAGGCAUGCCACCAGUUCCUCAAUGCCAGGCGAGUGGAUGUUGGCAAUUUGGCGUCCCAACUGCAGAACGUGUCUCUCGAGUCACACUCUCCUGCUCAAGCUCAGUCACCGCCACCGGCACAGCAGCAACAGCAACAGCAACAGCAACAGCAGUACUUCUCCCCUCAGACGUCCUACUCGCUUCCCCCGCAACAGCACUAUUCUGCUCCUUCUCCGCCCCGCGCAUCCCCACCAGUGGUCUCCCCACCCCCGUCUGUAGCUGCGGCUUCAGCGCCCGUCCUCUCCCCUCCUCCCAAGACCUUUGGCUUGCCCCACCCCAACUCGGCACAGUGGCAAUCAGGCUCAGACUUCUUGCCUCCCCCUCCUCCCCCGCCCGUCAUUCGCUCCGGCGGCGUCCCCACUCGUCCGGCCCCGGCACCGCCCGUGACUGUCGACUCGCCGAGGCGCGUCACCCGCGCCAGCGUUGCCAAGGGCCCCAUUGGCGACCCCAACCGGAACCCGUACAAGAAGGGAUCCCGCGGUGGUGGUGAGGGUGUCAUUUAG